AUGGCGGAGAGAAAUAGUGCGAAAAAAAAGUUGGCCGUAGCCACCGAAGCGGAAGAAAGUGGGAAUGCAAUAAGUGAGCUGGAGCGUACCAAGGACAACAUCGUCGAUUCCUUGGGGUUGCUGGAAUAUUACGUGAAGGAGUUCGAUAAAACGGAGAAGAUACAAGGUCAGGUAGGAGCGUGGGCAGAGAAGUUAGAGCAAUUGUACAACGAUUAUCAUCGGAUCAUUGCGAAACUGGAGAGUUUCUCCACCGAAGAGGAGCCCGUCGACUUAAAAGGUGAGCGUAUCGAUUUUGACACCAGAUAUUAUGCGCUGCGGGCGUUUUAUAUGAACAAAUUGAGUAAAUCCAGUGGUUCAGCGUCCGUGAAUCCCCAGUCUUCGGUAAGACCACUCAACAUACGACUUCCGGAGAUAAUUUUGCCGAAGUUCAGCGGGAGAUUAGAGGACUGGUGUGUUUUCCGAGAUACGUUUGAGUCAGCGGUUGGUUCUCGCGACGAUAUCAGCGCGGUCGAGAAGAUGCACUACUUGAAGGGUCUAGUGCAGGGAGAAGCAGCGCGAAUCCUCGACCCGAUAAGAAUCAGCGAGCAGGGAUAUAAGAACACCUGGCGAUCGUUGCGUCUGCGGUUUGAGAACAAACGACAGCUGAUCAAAUGUCACAUCAGAUCAAUCUUCGAUACCCCAGCGAUGUGCAAGGAGAGCGUUGAGGAACUUCUGGCUUUGGUGGACCGUUUCGAGCAGCAAAUUUCCGUUCUCAAGAGUUUGGGAGAACCAGCCGAUCGAUGGAGUUCUCUUCUGGUGUAUCUGCUGUCUGUCCGCCUUGAUCCGAGUACGCUACGAGAAUGGGAGAAUCACUGUGCAAAACUCGACGCCGAUAACAUCGCCGCUGUUCUAGGAGGUACCGCCCGAGAUGUCGACCAUGUUAACGAGGAGUCAUCAGCAAUUCCAUCGUACAUUUCCAUGGUCAAUUACCUCCAGAAUUACGCUCGAGUGUUGCAAGCCGUCUCUCCCAUCGUCUCCCACUCUGCUCCAUGCUUCAAGCCGCCUCGCCCUCAACCUCCACCUUCCAAGUUCGCUUCGUUUCCUGUAGCAGCACAACCCGAAACAUCCAGUUCAGCUGCAGCCACCGUCAUCCAGUCGUCGAAGCCAUGCGCCAAGUGCGGUCAAGCGCACUACUUGUACCAGUGUCCCGAGUUCCGCACGAUGAACGUCACUCAACGAUCGUAG